UUUCCCACCUCAUUACUCAGAAGAUAAUUUCGCUUGACUUGACUUGAGAAAUGACCCCUUCGCCCAGCUGCCAACGGCCUGUAUUUGCAUUUUUUCGUAUAACAGUCUCAUAAACCUUAAUUAACCAGUAAACAGAAAGGGCUUCCAUAUAUGUGCUCCCACUGCUAUUAUAACUAGUGCGAUGUUGAUUACAUAUCGAGAAAGAAAGAGGGGGAAAUAGCAAAAUAGAUUUUUUUUUUUUAAUCAUCUUUGUCGAGCAAACGAAUUUGAUCCACCAAAUGAUCCCCAUUAAAAUUUCCUUAGUCUUUCCCUUAAUCUUGCUUGGCGUUACCAUUACCUCUGAAGCGCAGCCCACAUAUCUCUAUCAUAUUUGUCCAAACACAACCACUUUCAGCAGAAACAGCCCCUACGAGGACAAUCUUAAAACCGUCCUGUCUCAACUUUUGUCGCCCGCACAACGCCUCAAUGGGUUAUCUAAUACACCUUUUGGGAAAGAGCCAGAUGUUGUCUAUGGCCUCUCUCUAUGCAUUGGAGAUCUUAGCACCGACAUCUGCCAAGAAUGUGUCUCCAAUGCGACAGAGAAGAUUGCCCAACAAUGUCCUAUCGAGAAAGAGGCCAUAAUAUGGUAUGAUGAAUGCUUCCUGCGUUAUUCAAGUCAAUCUAUCUUAUCCAAAUUGGCAGAGCGCCCUGGGUUAUAUAUGUGGAAUACACAGAAUGUCUCAGACCAAGAACGUUUUAACGAGCAAGUGAUGAUAACCAUGAACAGAACAGCAAUGAAGGCCGCAGGUUUUCCAAAAGGUGCUAUAAAAUUUGCUGUCAACGAAACAAAUUUUACCACGUCUCAAACACUGUACACCCUCGCGCAGUGUACACCGGACCUAACCGAAUCCGAUUGUCUUCAGUGUCUUCAGACAGCUAUCUUACGUUUGCCAGAUUGUUGUAGUGGAAAGCAAGGAGGAAGAGUAUUGUUUCCGAGCUGUAAUAUUCGGUACGAGAUUUAUCCAUUUUAUAACGCAACCGGAUUUCAUAGUGAGGCAAACACUGAAACUGAGGUCACUGAAGCACCCGUCUUACCUCCUCCACCUCCACCUCCAGGAAGGAAAGAAGGCGAAAAAGCUCAGAUUAAAGUCAUUGCAAGUACUUCUGCAGCGGUUUUAGUGUUAGCGCUAUUCGGUUCCUCCAUUUAUGCCAUAUGGAGAAGGAAGUUUCUUAAAAAGGAGGAGAAAGAAAUUAGCCAAGAGGUUCAAUUACUUGACUUGGGAAUAGGAAGAAUUGGAGUUGACACUUUAAGUAAAAGUACUCAAGAAGAAGAGAUGCAAAUGAGCUCUCAGGAUUUUCCUAUGAUUCCGUUUAAUAUUGUAUAUGAAGCAACGAAGCAUUUUUCUGGUGAAACCAAACUUGGAGAAGGCGGGUUUGGCCCAGUUUACAAGGGCACAUUAGAAGAUGGCAAAGAAUUUGCAAUUAAGAGGCUCUCAAAAACUUCUGGUCAAGGACUACAAGAAUUCAUGAAUGAAGUCACUUUAAUUGCCAGAUUACAGCACAGAAAUCUUGUCAGGCUGUUAGGAUGUUGCCUAGAAAAAAAUGAAAAGUUGCUCAUCUAUGAGUACAUGCCCAACAAAAGCCUCGAUGCCUUUCUUUUUGAUUCAAGCCUAGGUUUACAUCUUGAUUGGCAAAAACGCCUUGGCAUCAUCAGUGGGGUUGCUAGGGGUCUCUUGUAUCUGCAUGAAGAUUCUCGACUUAGAAUUAUUCACCGAGAUUUGAAAGCUAGUAAUGUUUUGCUCGAUUACGGGAUGAACCCGAAGAUAUCAGACUUUGGAUUGGCAAGGAUUUUUGGAGGAAAUGACAACAACAGUACAAAUAGAAUUGUUGGAACUAUUGGAUAUAUGUCUCCAGAGUAUGCUAUGGAAGGAUUAUUCUCAGUAAAAUCGGAUGUUUUCAGUUUUGGAGUUCUCCUGCUAGAGAUGAUCAGCGGGAGAAGGAACAACCGAUUUUAUCUUUCUGAAGAGGGUGAAAGCCUCCUCACUUACGCAUGGAAAUUGUGGUCUAAAGGUGAAGGAUUGGAAUUGAUGGACCCAUCACUUGUAAAUUCAAGUGUGGUAGCUGAGGUGCUAAAGUGCAUCCACAUUGGAUUGUUGUGUGUGCAAGACGACCCAGCAGAGAGACCUACUAUGUCAUCUGUUGUUGUUAUGCUGGGAAGUGAUACCUUGACACUUCCUCAACCCAGACAACCAGUAUUUUCUGUUGGGCAAUUUGUUGCAAGAUUAGCUCCAUUUUCAAGUCCCAAAAUUUGUUCUGUUAAUCAGGUAACUCUUUCAAAUAUAUCACCGCGCUGAUUGUGAUUUAGUAACUCUUUUCAAAUGCAUCAUUUGUUGUUAUUCAGCAAACUUAUUCAAUACUUUACAUAAUUCUUGUAAUAUAUAUAUUUAAAAUUGUAGCUUGGGGGCUAGUUUGCAGAGCACAUUCAUAUUCGAAAGCCGAUAGAAAUUUCUUAAA